CAUGACCAUAUAUAAAAAUAUUUGUAUGAUUAUUGGCCCUUAAGAAUAGUUAGUUUAUUGUACAGUGUUCUUAUUCGAUACUUUAACCAAGUUUGUUUUUUCUCUCUUUCUAUCGAUACGAUGUUUCCGCUUACACGCGCGCCCAUGUCUCGCCUACUCUAUUUACUACAAUUAAGAUCGUCUUAAGCAUUUGCUUAAGUCCCUGUUCCCUGUACGAGACAAGGACUGGAAAUAUGGGACAGACAGGGAUAGCAAAUUCUUAACACGAUAUUAAGAAUAAGCACUGCGCAUGCGCGGCCUACACAACUUGAUUGCAGCGCGUGACGACUUUUAUAAUUACAACUGCGGCAAAUAAGAGCUGUACCCCCACCAUCGGAGUUUCCCGACCUGUAUAUACGACCGUGCUUCACGUCUUACACUUGUUAAACUCACUGAGAAGUUGCUGUGCAUAAGACGAGUAACGUCAAGACUCUAACCUCUAAGAAAAACGUGACCGCUUGACAGACUAGAUGGACCGAAACGAACGAAAACUGUUAAUGAGACAAAAAAUCUACGAAAAAAUAAGAUUGCAGAUGGCUAAGACGAUAGUAAGAAACGGAAAUGGCCAACGAUUUCAAGUCGCACUAGUACACGAGGAUUAUCCAGAUGUCCGUUGGAAUCCGGAACAGGCGUCUAACUUUGCUCGAUUCAUUAUGAAUUGGAUAAAAUGGGAAUACUGCGACGAAUGGUCGGAACGACCGAUAUUCGAGAGAAUGAGCCUAAGGAGAGGAGGAUUCAUCUUUCGGUGCGCUGACAGGCGUAGCUACAACAUCAUGCUCUCGAAGUUGGUAAAUUUUGCAACCAAGGAUGGAAAGAGACUAUGGCUCUAUGAUCCGGUGGUACUAGAAGCAAAAAUGUGGCCCUGGAUAAGAGAUUUUCGAUGGCUGAAAGAGCAAUAUGGGAAUAGCCUCGCUAUCAGGAGAAGUGCGUACAUGAACGCGAAAAAUUCGAAAAAACGCUAAACGAUGUAACGAGCUUAGAAGGGAGGACAUUGAGCCCCCGUUGUGACACGUUACCGACUGUUAACAUGUUUAAUUUGUACUUGACUAUAAAUCCUCUUAAUAAAUAAAAAUUUUUGGUCACUUAUCUAUAAACGUAACAGUAACCAUGAAUGUCUUACCCCUGCGUCCCUAAAUUGCUUUCAACCGAAACGAAUGGGAAAAUCGAACUGAUACACCUACUCCUUGAAUACUCACCUUGUUGACAACCCUGAUCCAAAUCCUGGACUAUCAUCACCCUGUAAGACGAACAAUCGGCUGAUAACGACGGACGGAAAGGACGGUUCCCCAACGGCAUUCCAGAGGGGAACCGGACCGAACCGAAGACUGAAGAGACAGAACAGAUUCAACACUUUUUACGCUGUACAAUAGAAUAAAGGAUAGCGAGAACUAUCUAAAAACAUUCGAGUGACUGGAAGAUACCGUGAAACGAAAAGAGAAAUAAAAAAUAGAACGAUAAUGAAAUUCGACGAGACGAUAUAGAAAACAAUAGGCAAAAUAAAUAUAAAAAAAGAGAUCCACGAAAGACAAUACAGAACUUUAGAUAAUAGCACUUUGCAAGUAGCUAAAACAUAUAUAUGCAUGUAUCGAGAACUUUAAUUGUGAAAUAACAAGUGUCUUCCCAAAAUUUAACAGGCCGAAUCAGAAUUAUGUAAUACGACUUGCCGUCGAAAGGAGUUUCAAAGCAAAUAAUUUAGGACAAAUUAAUCAAUUAACCUGGAUGUUCGAAAUAAUGAAUUAGCAACGACCUAUAGUUGGUCACAAAAAGAUUCGGACACUGAUACAAUUAUAAGUUCUAAGCUCUUUAUUUUCAAUGAAUAUAUAAGAAAUGGCAAAAGUAUAUUACAUUAUGUUACAUUAUACUGUAUAGAUAAUAGCAGAAAAAAAAAUUAAAAAUGUAUUGUUUAUUGUUGCUUAAAUAUUCAAAAAUACACUGAAGAACAACGAAUUUUAAUGUCACAAAAGGUUUCGGACAUUGUAAUAAUUGUACACACGAAACUAUAAUACUGGUUCAUUAUAUGUAGAAAGUUUAAUAUUUAAUUGGGUAUCCCUUAUGUUUGACAUCAUGAUAUAAACGUUUUGGCAUAGCAGAAAUAAGUCUGUAAAUAAUCAAUGCUGAUUUUUUCUAUUCUUCUUGCAGACGAAUUUCUAAUUCUUCUAUUGAUGUGAUUGAUGUUUUGCGAAUCGUGGGAUUUAAUUCCUCCCAUACGUGUUUAUAUACAACUCGUCAUGUUGUCUGAGCUUGGAUUUGAAAUGCGCGUUAGUCUUAUUUCGUUUUUGUUCAAAAUGGGACGCACAAGAAAUUAUACAAGUUAUGAAAAACGAUAAUUAGUAACAUGUCAUUACGAAGAGAAAAAAUCGAUCCGUGAAAUAGCGUGUUCCUUAAAAAUGGCCAAAAGUACCGUUGGAGAUGUUAUAAAACGCUACCGAGACGAAACUCGAAUUAAUUCUAAACGUCCAAGUGGCCAUUAUUCAUUAUUUAAUUAAAAUAUGCUGAUGUGUAGUACUAUGAGCGUUCUAAUAUGAACGAAAAAUCGUAGUUACCAUGCCUCUAUUUAUAAGCGAUUUCAUAUUCAAAACAUUUCAAAGUCAAAACAUUAUUUUGAUUGAAAUAGUGAUCAGACCGCACCAGAUUUGACUUUCCUCUUUCUGAAGAAGUACCUGACGACCGAAAAGUAUUUUCAUAUAAAGAUGAAAAGUGUAUUCCCGUAAAUUCACAUUGUGCACUAUGUUUGCUUGGUUAUCGAGAAAACAGAGCAAAAAACAUUAAAAUUUGAUCGACAAAUGUUAGAAAAGACACGUGACUACGCUAACCCCUUAGAAAACAUUGAAAAUCCCAAACUUGUAACUCGAAUUAUUUUUUGUCACAGUCGGAAACAGCUCUACUGAAUUGAAAUCGACCUGGACUACCUUCACGAUAACAAUUCUCACGACUGUCAUCGUGUUCGUGCUCUCUUCAUCGACGACGACAACUGCCACCAACAGGUAGCCUGUACGCGAUUGUCAAGCUACUGCAACCAUUGUUUAACUCACUACAACAACAAAAUUAAAAAGAAGAGAGAAGCAAAAAUGAAACAUCGUCCAUGUAAAACCUAGUAGUCUAGGGCUUCCAGUUAUGUAUGUUACUAUGUACGGAGUAGAUAGUUCGAAUAACAAUUGAUUUUUAUUAAGAAUGGGCCUGUAUGUUAAGCGGAAGAUCAAAACCGGAGCAAAAGAAUAUCGAUAGCGAGCGUUAAUAUCCAGCGACAGUAAGAAUCGCCUAGGUGUCAUUUUAUUUUUCAAGCAACUCAACACGCGCAUUAGUAGCUAUUUUCCAAUUGAAAACUUUGUGAUAGAGAUGAGCGGACGACCCGAGCGUUGAUGCAUUUCUUCGAUCGUGUUCUUUUUUUCUUGAACUGUAUCACGGUCGUCUCUAGUACAAACCGAAACAUGUGAUAUGUCAACACCGCACCAUCAGGCCGAUCAGUCCGACAGUCCGAUCGAAGUACUGCUUAUAUGGACUUGUAGCAGGGCUGGGAUCAGGGUUGCCGUAUGGAGCGAUUAUAAUCGCGCCUCCUCUGCUCCCGGAGACCCCCACUACCGUAUU